UCUAACAUCAGCUCGUGUGGUUUGCUUGCGACCCACACUUGUACUUUCCCCUCUGCGAUGGUCAGCACGUUGAUCCGCAAGAAAACAGAAAGACACAAUUUCCAUCCAACUGGACUUCGCAGAACUGAACAACAAUUUGCCAGUUGAGGACAAGCCGAUGCUCUCGUCUGGUCUGCUGGUAAAGACUCAUGCAACUUCGUGGGCCGUUUUCGCGGGCAUCUGCGGUGUCCCAGGUCUCCUUUGUCCUCCGCGGUCUUCACAGCUCUCUUUCCCCAUCUCUCCACUUUGUAGCCCUGCUGCCCACACUGUUCGAAGGAGCGGCGCAUCGUCCUCGGGCUGGCCAGCAAGGAAUCGCGGUUAGAUUAGGCAUCCGGCGGUCGUCUCGAGUACGAGUCCAUCCAACGCCGCUUGCUCAUCUUGUGCUCUGGCACCCUCGCCAUCUUUUGUUCCACAAUGCCUCCACUCCGAUCGCAUGCACGCCCAUGAACCUUCCGCUCGGUGACUCACCUCCAUUUUGUGUCCAGCGAUACCGGCGACCUCGUACUCUGCCAUCAGUGCUGUACAGUAAUCACCGUAUCCCAGGGCAUAGAGAACGCACCCUCCUCGCCCUCCGACUCGUCGUCGAUCACAUCCCGCUCAAUCUCGCCCGCGUCUGCAGCGAUCACGUCGCGCUCGAUCUCGCCCGCUUCCGGAUAGCCGUCGGUCAUGGUGUUGGUGAGGGGCCAAAGUAUGCGGAUCACGCGACGCAACAACACGGUCUUAGAUCAGUCUGUAUAGCGCGACAGAAAGACGCAAUGGCUUGAAUGACGCGCAAGAUAGCGCGGAAGGAAGGGGGAAGGGUGAAGGGUGAGAUUCGAUAGU